AAAGACAGAGUAAUAGAGAGAAAGGGAAAGAGAGAAAGAGAGAGAAAGAGAGAGAGCGAGAAAGAGAGAGAAAGAGAGAGAGAAAGAGAGAGAAAGAGAGAGAGAAAGCGAUUCAGAGAGACACACAGAAGAGAAAGAAAGUGAAACAACGUGAAAGAGAGGGAGAGAUAGAGGGAGGUUGGACAAAAUUAUGGGUGUAUAUAGAAAAAAAAAAGGCAUACAUAAUAUUGAUAUUGUAUGAGAGUGAGUGAUGGAGAGAGUGAGGGAAAGCGCGAGAGAAAGACAGGGGAGGCUGACGUUGAGUGACUGGCCCAUGUGAGACUCGCCCUGCUGUGUCUACGUCUUGUCUGUGGACUGACCCAGGCGAUGUCAUAAGUUUUUUCCCGCUUAAUGUUGUGUUUAUGAGACUUAAGAUCCAUGCUUAUGUUAUGUGAAGUGUCUAGUCCAACAAAGUUCAAUUAAGUUUCUACUAACAUAGGAUCUAGUGUUAAAGUCUCCUGAAUACAUCGAUCCACGACAUGUUUCAGUAAGUAGAGAUAACAUAACAAACAACUACAAGCAUAAGUCGUAAUGAACUGGUUGUCUCCCAUUGUUAAUGCAUCUGAUUCUUAAAGCCCCGCAGGGGUGGCGCUGCUACAGGAUCAACAAAAGUGACCUUGGCCAGACUAAUGACCAAGUCCAGAUGCCCUAAGGUCACCGCAGAGUGCUCCGUACUCUAUUACACUCUCCACGUUCACGACGUCAUGAGAUGCCCUUUCCCGCGCUAUGACGUCACUGAAGCCAUCCUGACCUACGUCAUCGCCGGGGCCUCCUUCAUGCUGGGCUAUACUAUGGACUAUACAACGUCACACGAGCGGAGUCUUGACUCGAGCACAUUUGGUGGACCUGUCAACGCACUCACUACAAGGGCGACACCAGAAGAGGAAGUUUGCUGCAGCGGUGUCCUGGGUUACGCCUCUGACAAUGUUUCAUUGAACUUUCCAUGUCAAGAUCGACCUUGCUGUAACAGCACUGAAACUGUGGCAGUUGUGGCUAUAGACUACGCCAUGGGUUUCAGAUUCCAAUGUAUGCCCCGCAGCAGUAUACAACCGCUGUGCUAUGAAUAUGGAACAGAAGUUCGAACAUCCAAUCAGGAUCCAGACUUCAUACCACGUGCCUGCUGCCCUGGGUUAAAGUUCAGAGUGGUUCUCAAUCAGUGGUACGCGGCCUUGGUUAUAAAGUGUGUGGAAAUGGACAAUAACGACGAUGAUUACUCAUGAUAGAAUUGCUGACACUGAAUGAAAAUGGGGGGGGGGGGGUUACGAGAGAGUGUGAAAGGGAGGUUAAAAAGAAUGAAUGGGGGAACGAAAGUAAACACAGAAUAAUGUAAUCUCUCUCUCUAUAUAUAUAUAUUGUUAAUGGAACAUUUACAUGUAUGUUUGUUAUGUUAUUACAUACAUAAUAUAAGCGAUAUGAUGUACUAAUUAUAUCACUUGUGAGUAAGAAAGAGUGUUAGUGGUGAAUUGUGUAUCACUUAUGACCGAGUCGGAGUUAUAAAGGUCAGUGCCAUAAUUGUCCUUCUUAGUGCGCAACCUUUCGCCUCCAUGAUUUAAUUAUAUAGGUCAGUCUCUGAUGGCAUUGUCACUUAGAAGACAGCGAUGUGAGAAAAAUGGGCGUCUUAUCCCCCCCUCCCCUCUACUCUCUCCAGGCUAACGAAGGACGUCUAUACAGUUCAUAACCAGUGCAUUAGUAGGGCGCCCCGAAGCCCUUGUGUAUUAAGUCCUCCCCCCAUACACACAAAAUUAACCUCUACGCUGUCAAACUAUUACUCUGUUACAGUAGAACCGGAAGUGACAAAUGUGUCUUCACGUUCUGGGAGUUGUUUCAGUUCUAUUUCUCAUGACUGAAGUCGUGUUUACACUUUCUCUACACACCACACACUAGGUUAAUAACACGUUAAAUAAACAUUGAGCUAGGUAGUCACUUAUAGUAAAUCAUCACUAUGGUGGUUUAACAUUAAGAUAAGUUGUCAUUAAACUAGGUUGUCACUUAGAUAGUUGUCACUUGACUAGGUUGUCACUCAACUAGGCUCUAACUUAACUAGGUCAUCUCUUAGGUUGUCACUAUACUAGGUAGUCACUAAGGUGGGGGUAGCAUUAAGAUAAGUUGUCAUUAACACGGUUGUCCUUUAACUAAACUGU